GUUAAUCUUCGUUCGAUGAUGAAGAACAGUGCGAUGAUCAGCGAUGUUUCGUUAUACCGUGACGAAGGUGGUGAACUCGUUGUAAUUAUCGGUGAGGUAGCAGCGGCGUUGCGGAAGGAAAUUGCUUCCGCCUAGGUGCCUGUGCUCGAGUGGGUGUGUAUGUGUAUAUAUAAAUAAAUUCGUAAUGUAUGAGGCAAACGAGGAUAACAACAACAAGAUGUGGCCACAACAGCAGCAUCAGCAUCAACAGUUUAUGGGGCCCGUUGCGCCCCCUCAGCGUCCGGCUCAUCGUCAACAACUCGAGACCUCCUCGUCCUCCUCUUUGCACCAUCACCACCACCAUCACCACCACCACCAUCAUCACCACCAGCAACAGCAGCACCAGCAGCAGCAGCAGCAGGAGCUCGAAACCUCCCCCCCAGCCAACCACCGGCUCGAUAAUCACCUACCUCCCCAACAGAUUACCCAUCAACAUCACGGGGUCAUGGAACUACCCGCACCAAGCAAUCCCAGAGCCUCGCGAAAUAUGGCGGAAAAACAGCGUCGAGACAAUUUGAAUACUAACAUCUCGACGAUGGCUUCGCUGGUGCCGACUGUCGCCGGAAGCUCGAGGCGGAUGGACAAGAUAUCAAUCCUUCGACUAUCGGCCGCAUUUCUAAGGGCCUAUUACACGUUGGGCCCGGGAUCGAUCCAGUUUCUUCCCUCACGAUACGACUUUGAUCUCGAACAGUAUAUAAUCGAAAACGUGCUCGCAAACGCUGGAUUUUUAAUCGUGGUCACGACGUCAGGAAAAAUCGUCCACAUCAGUCGACAGGUCGAGGAUCACCUUGGCCACGCGCAGCACGAGCUGCUGGGCCAGCCGUUGUACACCUUCGUAUGCCCCGAAGAUUACGCCGAAUUACGGCGCGGACUGACACCAGACGAAAGCCAAACUUCUACCUCUAACGCCAUACAGGCGAACGACGAGACCUCGAGCUCAUCCGAAGAGCCGGCAUCGUCGAAGACGGAAAGACACUUUACCGAGGAACGACGGAGCUUUAGCAUACGGAUGGCACAGAAGGCUCUGAACAAGAGGGAUCACGGGCAGUACGAGUACCUGCAGGUCUCUGGUAUUCUCAGGCUUGCCGACGCCUGUGUGAACCAACCGACAAACAACAAUAAUAAUCGAUCCAGGCCCCGAGAAAUCAACGGGACCAGCAACGACAUAAUUUUCGUGGGGAUCGCACGGCUCAUGAAACGACGCACCAUAACAGAACUGUCCCUGCUUGAAGCAAUGAAGGAUGAAUACGUGACGCGGCAUCUGAUCGAUGGGCGAAUAAUAUUCUGCGAUCACAGAAUCUCUGUUGUGGCUGGUUACAUGGCAGAGGAGGUAUCGGGACUCAGCGCAUUCAAGUUCAUGCACAAAGAAGAUGUCAGAUGGACUAUGAUUGGGUUGCGACAAAUGUACGACCAAGGGGAGGGAUUUGGUUCUUCGUGUUACAGAUUACUCUCGAAAAAUGGUCAGUUCAUCUACCUCCGUACCCAUGGUUAUCUCGAAUACGACAAGACUACGCAAAGCGUCGAGUCUUUUGUAUGCGUAAACACGUUGGUCUCGGAAAAAGAAGGUGUCGAACUAGUGAAGGAAAUGAAAAACAGAUUCUCAGCAACUAUUUCUGGUCCAGCUAAAGCCAUAAUUCCACUUCCAAAUUCGAUCACGCCUUCGGUGCAAGAUUCUCAGUGGACGGAUCCGGAACUGACGGUCGAAGACCCUGCUCAGCUCGAGGAUGCUGUGAAGCAAUUGAUAAGUAAUCUGCCGUCUCCAGCCACGCCCGGUACUUCGAUCUCACCUUCUCCGGUAACAGAUAACCAAUUCUACAAAGCUGCCGUGUACUCCACCAGAUUGCCACCGGCUUCUAUUCAAGCCCAAAAGAUUGGGAUAAAACCAGUGCAGAUCAAGUCAUCCUCGGACGAAGAAUCGAUUCAUGACCGAACCGAGAGUCAUAAAACAGGAGAAUACAUUUCGGCUGAAAGUGAUUCAGCAUCGAUUGAUGCGCUGCAGUGUAACGGAGACAUUGAUGAUACUCGGGUGUCAUUUUUGAAUUCGCGGAACAACUCGGCGGUUGAAGAAUCACAGGGUGAAUGCGAAACGGAAGACAUAGUAUUGGGACUCGGUGACGAUCAUUUUGUGGAGGCGAAACCGAAUUUGGAGAGGAAUAUGCUUGUGACGGAUGCAAAUCGUAACUUGAGUUUGCAGAACUGUGGAGUGGCUGGGUCUAGAAUAUCUGACAAUUUACGAGAAAAACGGGUGUCUCGUAAGCGGGCGACUCGCGGCGCCGAAGGGAAAGUGCAGAUGGAUAAGUGCUACAAGACAAUUCGGACAAAAAGCACAGGGACAGCGUCACAGAGAACAAACGAGCCAGUCCGGCUUGCAAAUAGUUCGACGAACAACCGCUGCAUAAGACCAGACUCUACGGGGGAAUACUCUGGCAAUCAUUUUGACGAGAAGAUAUUGAUGGAGGAAGCGCGGUACACGAGAAAGAGGCCAAGAAGCAUCGAAGAGGUGUCGAUCUCCGUCUCGAAGAGAAAAACUAGUAAAAUGGCCUCGGCGUCAAGCAGUAACGAUUUCGUGCUGGGUAACGGAGAUAUGAUUUACUAUCAAAACGUCGAAUCGCCUCUGAUUCCAAGGCUCGACGACAACGAAUUAGGCGAAUUAAAUGGCGAAGCAAAUUUGAUCGGUGAUAUUGUUCUGGAAUCGGAUGCGAGCUUAUCGAGAGAAUUGGCGACCGCCUCGUGUUUGCCCUCGAUCGACGGUUAUCAACAGUCGAAUCCCGGCUUCUCACGUUCUUCGGUAACGGGCUAUCAGAUUAACGAGUAUGACGAUGAUUACUCGGAAGACGUCUUGAGCCCGAGCUUGGACGUUGACACAGAUCUUAUGAAGACAAAUUUUGAAGACCGACAGUCAGUGGUGUGUAAUGAAAAAACCAUUGACGAGGCACACAUUAACGAAUUUACAGUCUGCAAUCAAGUUGUGAAUGAAGAACUCCGAAAGACGCAGUUUCAAUUGAAACAAAGUAUGGCUCUCAGAGAAUCCCAAUUGAGUGUACUGAAGCGUGACUUGAGUAACCCCGUGAAGCGUGACUUGAGCAACCCCGCACUACUGGCUCAACGAAAAAACUUGAAACAAAUAGAGGCUGAGCAUAACGAGACCAAACAAAUGCUGAUAACGCUUCAACAAGAUCAUUAUAACUUGCAGGUCAAUGUGCAGAAAAACAUCGGAGUGUGAAUGAAUGAAGGAAAAUUUUAUUUUAAUUAACGCUGCAGCAAAGUUUGCUUACAUUUCUUUGCUAAUCUGAAAUGAACUCGGACACCUUCUCUCCCACCUCCCUGCUACCCAUUUCCUAUCCACAAAUAAUUUAAGCAACAAAUAAUUCACGACUGCAGUGCAAAAUUGCCAUGACGUGUAUGGAAAGCAACUGGAGGAUAUACGUGUACGUAUA